CGUGGUUCUAUGACGAUUUCCGGCUACAGAAAACCCGGAAACAUCUUUAGGUUCAGAGUCUCGCAAUUUCAGUGUUUUUUUUUUUUUUUACAGAAAGUUUUAUUUUGCAAUAUUAUGUGAAAUAUAUCGGGGUACCAUGACCUUCGGUUGGUGCUUCAUCUGUGCAUUUGUGGUGCUGAUUAACAAAGUGUCUCUGCAGGACACAGUCGAGGGGUUUAUCGGUGGUUCUGUCGUCCUGCCGUGUUCUUCAGAUGAACAUGAUCAUAAACUUCAAGAUAUUCACGUGCUUUGGAGAAACAAAGACAGUGAAAUUUUUUAUAAUUUAAUUAGCGGUAAAGAUUCAGUAGCAGGACAGAACCCACGGUACAAGAACAGAGCGCAAACUUUCCCUGAGGAGUAUGAGAGAGGAAACUUCUCCAUCAAACUUCAAAAUCUUACUCGCACUGAUGAAGGAGAGUUCAGCUGCUUCAUUACACACACACAUGAACUCAGUACUAUACAGCUGAUCCUCAAAGAAUCAACAGAAGAAAACGGAAACAAAACAACUGAAGAAAAUGAAGGAUCACGAACACAGUCAGAUUUGAUAAAUAUAUCGAUCUGUGUUUUUACUGUACUUGCAUUAACUGUCGCAUCUAUAACAGCCUAGUUCAUGUUUCGCAGGAGAAAAAGAUCUCAGGCUGCCUUGUAGAAGGAACUGUGGCAAACUGAAAUGUUUAAAUUUGAACAGACUCACUUUCUCUCAUUUUAUGACUAUAUUCCAAGUUAAAUGUUACUUUUAGCUGAAUUUGUAGAAAAGUUUUUAUUGUUUCUUUCUUGUGCAAAAUGCUGGUAAGGCCAGUUGUCUCUCCAGUGUCAGGGACCACUGAGCAGCAUGUUUUUUUCUGGCAUCCAUGUUAACAAAUAAGAGUUAAUCUUGAAAGCAUGAAAGGCACGUUAUGAUUAAUCGUAUUUUCUGCUGCAGCUCAUGAAGGGUUGGGCCGAAAGAUGAUGCCAGUGUCCAUCACCGACGGCUGAUAUACAUCACGAUGUUACGCCGGCCUCGUGAUGCACGACCACCCCCGCCCGCCCCUUUUUGAAUGCACGAUCGUUUUUUUAGUUUCAUUAUUAUUUUCGAGAUUUGCGAUCGUAUGUACUAUGUUUAUACUUUGGAGCAGCAGUACUUGCCUCAAAUUUUACAAGAUUAUAUGUUUGUCAGUGGUACUGAGGAUCUGAAAAUCAUUCACCAUUGUCCUCAGUCAUCUCUCAGUACACAGUGUCUACACCGGACACAAAAGUUGUCGCGUGGCGCCGAGCCGCAUCAGCUAAAGUCCGUCUAAUUUUGUGUCAGCACGUCAUAAACAGAGCGCGGCAGCAGUUUACUGUCAGGGAUUUGUGGUGUCAUGCCACGCUUCAUCAAGUGUAGACAGCAUCACUGAUUAUACUGAGUUCUGUUGACUGAUUUAUAUAUAAUAAGUCUGUAUUAUAGAUCAGUGGUUCUUUAGUAUUUUGUCACGACGCACCAAUCACAUCCGGUGUAGACACGGUGUUAGGAAUUGUUAGUUGUUUUCCCUUAUAAGGAUUCAUGCUUCGGGCACACCUCCCCCAAUCCCCCGCCGAUGUCAUCAUUCAUGACGAUGUUUCACUCUAGACAUCGUCCGAUGCCAAAUUUGAAGACAUCGCCCAACCCUGAGCUCAUGCCACACUCACAGGUGCAGUGUCAAUCAAGUAUUACACUGUUCUGUAUUGUUAUACUCUUGUCGACAGAAAUCAGUGUACCCUGCUUGUUCUUUAAAUAAUAAGGAAAAAUAUUUGCCUGUCUAUCUUGUCAAUAAGUGGCCUUAACAAUUCUGUAAGUGUUCUUUCUUCAUGUUGUGUUUGCCAGAAUAAAUGUUUUGUAUUAUGUGUUUUUAUGUUUGUUAAUGUUAGAAUCAAAUUAAUUAAUUCCUGAUUACACAUCAGCUAAUUUAAUAAUUUGUUUACACACAGUGUGCUCAGGGUAAAUUAUCUACUCAUAU